AUGCCGGAUUAUGGAGAACAUAUAUACUUGAUGGAUACCAAGACAGGUCAAGUAUUGGAUAAAAUUAAGGCAAAAGGGGUCGAUAAGUCAAAUGGUGGAUUAUAUGGAUUUGGAUAUGAUGAAUUGAAUCAUAAUUUGAUUCUGAGUACUUGUACAUUUGGACCACAUUAUUAUUAUACAAUAUAUCAUUUGUCAAAGCAAAUGAAAGUGGUGAACAAAACUUAUUGCAGUAAUCCACCAACCCAAUUUGCUUUGGAUCUCUAUAAGAAGAAAAUCUAUUUUGCAACUGCAUCCAAACCCAUUAUUGAUUGUUAUGAUAGUGAUUACAAAAAGAAAGUACCAGUGAACGUCCAAAAUAGUCCAUUGGCUUUUUUCUUUUUAAAGAAAUGCAAAUAUCUUGCAAUUGUCACUGAUAAGAAAUUUGUAGUGCAUGAUUGA